AUGAGUUCAAGUGAUACAGGUACUAGCAGUGCCUCAUCAUCGGCCUAUCAAUUUUCAUUGGCCUCUCAAAUUAAGGAGCAUGUCAUUUCGAAACUGGUUCAGCUGCGCCAUACAAAGCCGAUGAAAAGUUGGAAAAUUUUGACCAUCUCGACCAUUGUUGAGAUUUGCUUUUAUUAUUGUGUAUUCAUACUACCGACCCUUCGAGAUUAUAAUUGGGGAAACAUUGGACAAUAUGUACUUGUUGUUUUGAACUUUCCCAAUACGCUACUGUUGCAUUGGCUUUCCUAUUCCCAAUCCUUGAUUGCUUCUAUUGUAAUGAUGAGCAUUGUCGGAAUCUCCUUUGUGAUAUUGGCCUUCACCUUAUUCAUCUAUUCAUCAAGUAUUAAGAAGAUACGAUCAAAAAUACGACAAUUACUUCUGAUAUUUCUCUAUCUAUGCAAAAUGUUUAACAUGGCGAUAUUAUUUGUUUGGGUAGGAUUUUUCGAUUGCAGUUUAUCAAUCAUGUUACCUUAUUCAUCUAGCAAUGUAUUGAACCGUUUCCAAUCGCCCCAAGUGGCUUGCCUUGCCUCUACCAACACUACCAUGAUAGGGCUCAGUAUUUUCUUCAUUAUUGCUCUCUACGUGUUGGUACUUGUGGCAGAAGUGGUGACAUUUGAUACCCAUCCUCAAAGCACAAAAAAUUUAUUUUCAAAUUCAUCAAUGACAUUCCCUCUUUUCGUUCGAACGAUGUCAUUUGUAAGCAUGAUACAAAUGUUUGCCAUUCCACAAAGCUAUACCUUCAUUUCGGCUAUUGUCAACAUGGUAAUUUCUCUGGCCUAUGUUGCCUUACUUUUCCAAACUCUUCCAUUUAAUAAGAGAUGGAUGAAUUCGGUAUUUUGUGGAUGGGCUUUUGGACAAUUUGGAGCAAGUUUAGGUGCUUUGAUCACGUCGCUUGCUAAUUCUCAUAACGAUCCAAACAUGGGAAUUGGAUUUGUUGGCUUGACUGUUGGGUUGUUAAUUAUUGGAUUUUGUUUUGGAGUAAUAUCUAUGGAACUGUACACGAGAUGGCUAUUACAUGGUCUCGUCAAGCAAAUUGUGGAUCAUGCAUUGAGUAUUGAGGGAGUUGAGGAGGAGGCGAAAUUACUUAAAACUUCGAAUGAACCAAAAACGCUACCAAUGGGAGCUCUGACAGAGUCUCUUGGGUUCAUUUAUCACCACAUGAGCAAGAGCCAAAAUUUCAAAGCUCUGUGCUUACUAUUCAAGUCCGCUCUACAGGACUUACAAAAAGAGCAGAUCAUUGAUAACAUUCGAUGUGUAUAUUCUGACAUUGCAUUUUCAUUUGCAAAAAUCACACUACAACACAAAUCAGAUGAACCAAGAGUCGUAAUUGGAGCUGCUGAAGUGUUUGCGUUUGCUAAAGGACCAGACUCUAAUACUCACACUGUCAGUGUUGAGCUUCUUAUGAAAUUACAGCGCUCAACAUUUAACGUUUUUACUAUUUUUGCCUGCGCAGUCAAGAUUAAAGAAGUUCAAGCAUUAUCUGACAAUUCACGUACUGAUUCAGCUGCCUCAAAGAAUUAUACCAGCAUUCAAACCAUCAAAAGGAAUCAAGAAUCAUUGCUUUCCUUAUAUAGAGACUUUUGGAAAGAAAUGCUUAAUGACCCAAUUAGCGUUUCAAAUUUAACUAAAAUUUCCAAGAAAAUCAAUGAUUUGAUCGAAGAAAGCGAAUCAUUAUUUAAUCAACUACUGCAUCACAAGACCAGGUCAAUUUUACAGCUGUAUGCGUCAUUUAUUGAGCUUAUUUAUUUCGAUAAGGAGUUGGCUCAAACUUUCUAUCAGGAAGCAAACUCUUUAGAGGAGCAGCGUUAUAAACCUAGCAUGGCGCCAUCUAUCAAAUACGUCAAACCAAACAAGAUCAAACCAUCAGAUGAUCAGAUAUCAAUCCAUGAUCAUGAAGAAAUGUUACGCCCAAUGAGUACACGUAAUUUAGAUACAUUAUCUUCAUUUGGCAAUAAUAUGGACUCUCAUUUGGACGGUCCACACAUGCCCGAAGAAUGCCCAAGCGAGGUACUUAGCCCAGAGAUGAAAAAAGACUUUCUCUUUAGGAAUGGACUCAAAUCUCCUCGCUCAAACAGUUUGCUACGUACACUCUUUAUCAUUUAUGUUCUUAUUGGUGUGGGUCUGAUAUCUGGAGGUGUAGUAAUGUCUGUAUAUCAAUUCACAUUUAUCAAGACCAACAUGAUGAAUCUCCGAACCAUAUGCAUUCCACAACUUGCCCCUGUUUCAGUCAUUCGUAAUUUGAGAAGUUUUCAGAACUGGCUUGCCUUGUUUGUCAUUGAUGACAAUCCUUGGCCAGAGUUUAGAUUCGGAUACAAAUUUAUAGAAAAAAAGGAUUACAUUAAUGAGCACUUACAAUUGUUGGAGGAAGAUUUGAAUGUUUUACGUGACCUGAUAAAACUUGGUCAGGCUGUUGUGUUUGAUGCAGCAACCUAUACUGAGUAUGGAAAAAAGUCAUAUUCUCUCAACAUUCCUAGCGUAUUUGAUGCAAAUGCAACUGAUUCUUGGAAAAGAAAUCAAUAUACAGGAACUCCUAGCAUUCGAAAAGCUCCCAUUAUUGAAAUUACCAAUUCUUUGAUUCGAUAUAUUGAAUUGAUGCGUGCUGAUUUUCCUGAACAAUGCGUUGCAUAUGUGAAUCAAUCAUCUACCUCUGUACAAAAUCAGCAAUUGAAACCCACCAUAUCAAACUCCACAUACAUGAAUCCAAUCAGCAAUUAUAACUUUAUGUUUUUAUGGCAAAAUUCAGAAAAUACUGCUAAAAUUUAUGAAACUUUUUGCAAUAACUAUAUUGAGAAAGUCAGAACCCUUACACAAGGCCUGAUAUUGCAAUCGCAGUAUUAUUUCGUAGCUUCUUUAUGCGUCUAUUUGAUUGUCACACUGCUCUUUAUUGUUUAUAUGCAGUACGAGUUUUCAUUUGUGACAAGGUUGAUCAAAGUUAUUGACAAACAUAUACAGAAAGACAUUGUUGGAAAAAUAUAUCAAACAGCGUCGCACAAAACCGAAAUUGAAACGUCCUUAGAAAGAACUGUAACAGCCAAAGCAUUGUCAUCCAAUGUCAUUGUAGUGGUUGUAGUUAUUGGUAUUGGGCUUCUAAUACCAUUCUGUGUUGGAAUGUUUUUUUAUGAAGCUCGAUUGAAUGCAAAAGCUGCACUUUUCACUUUUACUAAUGUUGGGUUAAGCGCCAAUAUUAUUGGUUAUUUACAACAGUCAAGCUUCUUAAUGACGGAAAUGUUGACCUAUUAUACUCUCGGGCGGGAGAGCUUUCGCGCUGAAAACGGUACCAAGUUGGGCCUAUUCUAUGGUCAUCCAUAUUUCAAAAAUCACGAUUUUCAAACCCUUUAUGCGAAAGUUCUUUCAACGUCCAACAAGUUGUCAGACAAUUGGAACGAGCUUAUUUAUGGAGAUGUCAAUAAGCCUGAUGAUGACCCAGUGAUAGGCUUGUACUCAGUGCUUGACGAAUUAUUGAAAGGACAAAGCAAUUGCUCUCGUUAUUUAGAACAAUAUAACAUUGAAAUGAACGCACAAAAUGUCCUUGAAAACUGCACAGGUAUUGAAAAGGUGGUCACAGAUUACUUGACGCAGACCACUCAAAUUAGUGAGGCGACCAGAGACUUUUUUUUACAUCAAACUAGUACAAACUCUACAAUGAUAGAGUUGGAUUUGUAUAUGAAACACAAUGAUUUGUUUCGUUUUACCAUUCCUAUGAAUAGGAAACUACAAAUCUACAUGCAAGAGUUUGUUCGAUCCAGUGUUGAGUUGCGUGAUUCCAUACUAAUUUCUUUGAGCGUGAUUGGAUUUGUAUUAUUGGGUGUUCUUAGUUCAUUGUUACAGAAAAUGUUGACCAAUCGCUCCAACGUUUUGCAGAAAACGAGAAUGAUGCUUAAUCACGUUCCAGUUGAUGUUUUAGAUAGAGAUGACAUUUUAAGAAAUCUUGCAUUGUACAAUGCAUACCCUAAUAUUAUCUCUGAGAAAAUCAAAUCCACCACCGCUAAAAGAGUGUCUGAUUCCACCUCAUCUAGCGUUUCUAAUUUAAUAAGCUCACAUGUUUACGGGACUAUAAUACUCAACGCAAGCGGAGAGAUUGAAAUUUUCAAUUCAGCUGCCCAUAGAUGUUUUGGUUCCAAGCCUGUGGACGUGUUAGGGCUUCCAUUCUUGAAGCUUGUAGAUCCAUCCUCUGAGGAGAAGGUAAAAAAGACAAUAGAUUCAAUUUAUGCGAGUGCCAUUAAAUCUGAAAAAUCAGGUGACCCAUCAUCAUCAGCCUUAAACGAAACUCUUGAUAACAUACAAUGCAUUCGAGUGAAUCAGACUAAAUUUCCAUCGACCUUGUCGAUUUUUUCAACCAAGUUUGUGGAUAAGGGAGUUGUGAUCGUCAUUGUGAUCCGUGACAUUACUUUUGAAUUAAAGCAACAACUGUUGUUGGCAGAAGAGAAGAAAACAUCAGAAAACCUUUUAAAGAACAUAUUGCCAGAUGCCGUUGCUUAUCGUUUGAAGAAAGGGGAAACCUUUAUUUGUGACAAAUUCUCAGACAUUACAUGCUUUUUCAGCGAUAUGGUUGGUUUCACCAAAAUUUCCAGUAAGAUGCAGGCAACGGACUUGGUCAUCAUGUUGAAUUUCAUUGUGAAUGGAUUUGACUCGCUUACUGAACGUUACAACGUUGAAAAGAUCAAAACCAUUGGAGAUGCUUAUUUUUGUGUUGCUGGAUUGCAUGGUGAUUCAUCAGAUCAUCCAGAGCGAAUGCUUCGUAUGGCCAUGGACACUUUCCAUGUGGUUCAACAAUUUAAUCAUGGAAAAUCACAAAUUGGUCCACCCUUAGAUUUGAUCAACAUUCGAGUUGGACUCAAUAACGGAGGAGUAAUUGCAGGUGUUAUUGGAACGAAGAAAUUUGCCUAUGAUCUUUGGGGUGACACUAUCAAUGUCGCCUCUCGAAUGGAGUCUACGUCUCUACCAGGUAGAAUUCAGAUUUCCAGAUCCACCUAUGAGAGAGUAUAUGAUUUAGGUUUUGAUUUUGAAGAACGAAAUGUGGAAGUGAAGGGAAAAGGUAUUACUCAAUGUUAUUUACUCCAUCCAUCACAUCAUGCCGAUCCAUUGGCUCCCAUAAAACCUCAAGUGUUUGUUGAGCUAGGUAGUGAUCACCUUGACAAUUUGCCUGUCGCGACAAUGAACAAUGCUUCUACCAUGGCGCCGUUAAUUACAACUUCAUUGGAGCAGAAUUAA